UAUCUUGAAAAUGAAGGGGGCGCUACAGCUCAAAAUGACGUUAAAGAGAGAACAGAAAAGUAUUUUGGUGACAGAGGACACAGUCAACACCCCCACGUAUUUUCACUGUUAUUCUUUUCAGCUCCCCACUGUAGUGGAUGAAGAAGAGGUCUGUUUUUUUCAUGUUUCUGCUCAUGGAGACAACAUUAACGUCAAUCAGACCAAGAAGAUCUUGCUCAUGAAAGGAACUCAUUUGACUUUCAUUCAGACUAAUAAACCAAUCUAUAAGCCUGGCGAGGCAGUGAAUUUCCGAAUUGUAACCCUGGACACGAAUUUCAAUUCUAAAAAUGACAAGCAUAACUCGCAUGAGUUCACCACGGUGUCUCGUGGAGAGAGGACUCAAAGUGUCGCUCAACAAUCUCCAGCACUUGGGGAGAAAAAAACGUAG